UAAUUAAGUCAAUGACAUCUAUAGUGGAUUUCACUAUCUUCAUUAUUUAUAAGAGAACCCUCCUGCUGUAUAGUAUCCACAGCGUUGAUUUUUUGUGCAGUGACAAUGAAGAAGUCCCUCACAUAUUUUACUGCUAUUGUUUUGUUACUUUCAUGGUUUCUGUUUGGUUCAAAAAAACUUUCAUGGUUUCUGAAAAUCCAAGCAGAGAAAUCCUCAGAACCAUGUGAAUUUCAAACUAUCUUUAAUUUUGGUGACUCAAAUUCAGAUACUGGUUCUAUGUCAGCAGCAUUUUACCCUGCUAGUUUGCCAUAUGGUGAAACCUUCUUCCAUGAGGGGGCUGGCAGAUCUUCUGAUGGUCGUCUCAUCAUAGAUUUCAUUGCGGAGCACCUUGGAUUGCCAAUGUUGAGUGCAUAUAUAAACUCAAUUGGAACAACCUAUAGGCAUGGUGUAAACUUUGCUGCAGGGUCAUCAACCAUCAUGAGACAAAACAAGAGCUACUUUGAUGGUGGAUCACCGUUCACUCUUGAAAUUCAAAUAGGACAGUUUAUUCAGUUCAAAUCGCGCACCGGGAAGUUCUUCAUGAAAGAAAAUGAAAGUUCCUUUGGAAAACACUUUCCAAAACCAGAGGACUUUUCCAAAGCUAUCUACACAUUUGAUAUUGGUCAAAAUGAUAUGACUGAUGUUAUUAGUAAGAUGGGAAAGGAAGAUUCCCAUGUAUUGAUCUCAAACAUUGUGGAAUUAUUUUCAAAACAAGUUCAAAGCCUAUAUUUUUUUGGAGCAAAGACAUUCUGGAUACACAACACAGGACCCAUUGGUUGUCUUCCAUUGGCAAGGCCCAUUCACAAUGCAGAAAACAACCAAACUAAAGUGGCUGGUUAUCUUGAUCAAAAUGGUUGUGUCAAUUUGACAAAUGAUUUGGCUAAGGAGUUCAAUAAAAAGCUUAAAGAUGAAGUAGUCAAAUUAAGGGCACAGUUCCAUAAUGCUUCUUUAAUAUAUGUGGACAUGUUCUCUGCAAAGUAUGAGCUAUUUAGUAAUGCUAAUAAAUCAGGAUUUGUUGACCCUUCUAAAAUAUGUUGUGGAUAUCAUGAAGAUGGUUACCAUGUGUUUUGUGGGAGUAAACAAACGAUUAACGGUACAGAAAUUGUUACCAGUUCUUGUGAAGAUCCUUCCAAAUACAUUAGUUGGGAUGGAGUGCACUACACUGAGGCAGCAAAUCAAUGGAUUGCCGAUAGAAUAGUUGAUGGUUCAUUUUCAGAUCCACCACUUCCCAUUUCACAAUCAUGUCAAAUAACUCAUUAGCAUUAUUUACUUCCUACAUAAUCUAAAUCUAUUAAGCAAUCAAACUCAAAUCGUUAGUUGGUUCAGUGGUGAUUAGCGCUGAACUUAGUAGGGAGGAACAUGGUUUGAUCCCCGAAACUACAAUCUGAAGGAAGCUGAAACCACUUAAUACCAGAACUGAUACCCGAAACAGAUUAAACCGGUGGUGAAAGCCAAAAUGUACUUUAAUCUUACAUAUAUUUUUUUAGUUUUUAUUGCACUUUUGGUCUUCUAUUUUACAAGAUCCAUAAUUGUAGUCCCUUUAUUUUAAAAUCA